AUGGACGGCCACAAAGACAAGGUUACUGAUACCUCUAGGAAUGCUGCUUCUCGCACUAUCUCUGCGGCGCAAAGCUCUGCCGUUCCACAACCCGAAACUGCGGUGCCUCAGUUCAUGGUCUUGCACUCUGGAAGCAAUAUGUCGGUUGAGGACAAACUCCAUGUGCCGUGUGCCUCCGUUUGGUUGCUGAAAGCGGGAGGAUGCAAAGUUGUCAUGGGCAUCGACUCCUUCUCUGAAGUUACUAUGGUGGAUCGAAAUGUGGUGUCAACUCUCUCUAGUCAUGGCGCAUCCCUAGAAACUAGAGAAGUGAGGAAGAGGACAUGUCGAGCGGCGUGUGGCAGCCUAUUCACCAUCUCGCAAGAGGCCAACCUCCCCGUGGUAUUUCAAACUAAUCAUGGACCCAAGCUCGCGAUGAUCUGGUGUUAUGUUGUAACUAACUUCACGUAUCCCCACAUCCUUCUGGGUGCAUCUACACUGUCUCGUAUGAAAGCGUCCAUCGACCUGGACGACUACGUGAUGAGCAUCAAGUGUAUGGGAGGAGUGAAAGUCCAGCUGUCAUCAUCACCCCCGACAGUACCGCCAGUUGCUGCUGCACCGAGCUCUGAUCUCGAGGAAAACCUUGUGAAUCUAUCGGAUGAGGAGCUCUACCAAUGGCAUGUACAAAGGUGUCAAGAUCUACCAACGGCCAAGCUAUCUUUCUCCAUCAAAGAGAGUGCUCCAUCUGUGACGAGGAAGUACCCGAUCCCUGCCCGGCUGAAGGAGUCAGUGCAGAAGGAGCUUGGUAAAUUAUCUGCCCAAGGAGUCAUCCGCAUUGUCCAGGAGUCCGAGGUUGGUCCCAACGCGAUUGUGUCACCAGGCUUUGCCAAAGAUAAGGGGCGCACUGAUGAUGAUGUGGCACUGGCAAAGUUCAUCAACAACAAUGACGAGGAUCUGUUCUCCGGUAAGACUGCUAUAAAAGCCCGCCGAUUUCGGGCAUGGCAAAUGGAGAUGUCCGAGUUCGACUACAUCAACAUCAGGAUGGCACAUGUUCCAGGAGUAUGUAACGUCCUAUCCGACCUCUUCAGUAGAUGUGCAGAACGUCUUGAACAAAGCCACGUGACCCCUGUCGAUGAAAUGGCGAACGAGGCUCCCACAAUGCCAAUCUAUUUGCCUACUUAUGGAGAAGCACAAGAGGAGGACGGCGACAAUACUGUCGAUCACAUCUACACUGGCGCUAUCUAUGACUAUGAACUUUCACACCUGGCUAUGACACCGUCCCAGGCCGAGAUCGUCGCGGAUUCCUAUGCGGUUGAUGAAACCAUGUAUCUGUCAGUCCGACUCAAGGCAGUCUGGGCCGCAGCUAAUGUAUUGCUGGACUCAGAGACCUACUCGGACAUCACCAGCGUGGAGAAUGCCAAGGCAGUGGCAUGGAUUGAAGCUCGCAAGUUUAUCACGUCUCUGAGCUGCAAGGAGAAUGGCGCUAUGGGCCUCUUUACACAGAGUACCAACAGGGAGCAAGACUUGCGGAAACUCCCAUGGGUGCUGGUGAUACCUGGCCCCGCAGUAUUUGUUAACGAGUUAAGGCUGGUUACGGCGUACGAUCCUCAACAACAACUACAGUCUGCUCGCCAAGGUCUGCUGCUCUAUGCCCACGAUUGCAAAAUUCACGUACCCUAUGACAGAGUGCUACGCGUUCUCCAAGCUAUUGCCUGGUGGCCUGGUAUGGGAAGCGACCUUCUAGCGCACAUAAAUGACUGUGACUUGUGCUCACGGCUUUAUCCUUCGAAGCAUCUACCAUAUCGCGGUGUGACUGUUGGCAAUUCUCGCUUCACAACCAUAUCUAUUGACCAUAAGAAUGUACCCACCUCAGAAGGUAUCUCGUGUAAGUAUGCUCUAUCUGUCACCUGCGCUUACUCGGGAUGGACUAUCUUCAUCCCGCAACAAGACUUAUCCGCUAUGUCCACGGCCCUCGGCUUGUAUAUCCAAUGGUUCAUGAAGUAUGGCUUCCCUACACAUCUCUACUGUGACAGAGGCAAGGCUUUCAACAACGUCUUGAUGAAGGAGCUACUAGCCAUGUCAGGAACCGCACUACACUUGGCGAUGACCGGCCACCCAGAAGGCAACUCCAUGAUUGAGCAACGCCAUAGAGUUUUGCAGCAAGUCAUCAAUGUCCACUACGAAACCUGCGGGGUUAUGACGGAUUCGGAUAUACUCUUGCUUCUAUCCCACGCCGAGAUGAUAAUUAACCAAGUGCCUAACCGUGAUGGGUUCUCUGUCUACGCGAGAGUCUUUGGGAUGGUCGCCCCCUUACCGGCAAUGGCUAAGUACGGCAACGAGGACCCGGCGAGGGAGGUUGAUAGGUCAUCAUCUCUAGCCUUGGUACAAGCCAUACAGACUACUGCCUCUACGCUCGCUACAAGAUACAACUUAACUAAGGAUGCUCGAGCGAAGGAAAACGAGCUCUACAAAUGCAAUCCCACAUUGGUCCAGCAAAGAGAUCGUCGAGCCAAAGAGCAGCUCAAGGUGGGGGAUAUGGUAUGGCUAGAAGGAAAUCAACAAGCCAAGGUACGUCAAGUCCUCUACGACGAUCUGGGUGCAGCUAGAGGGGUUAUUGCCAACGCUUUCGUUCAAGCGUUGCCAUUGUUGCUCUCUCUGCGGUAG